AUGAAAGAGUGCUAUAAUAAAUACAUAAAUGCAAUAGAAACAGAUAUUAAAACCAACCCCAAACAGUUUUGGACGCACAUCAAAAAUCUACGUAAGAACUGCUCAUCAUAUCCUAAUACCAUGACCGUUAAGCAUGAUACAUCAUCAGAUACAAAGCUAAUAGCGGACAUGUUUGCAUCUCAUUUUUCUUCAAUAUAUGAAAGAGAUCUUAACGACAAUAAUUCAAUUAAUUGUGAUAUGUGUAUGAUAAAUGAUGUUAUCGGGGAAAUUCAAUUUAAACCAGAGGAUGUUAAAAAUAAACUGAAAAAGCUAGAUAUCACAAAGGGGGCAGACCCAGAUAAUAUACAUCCACUAUUUUUAAUAAACUGUGCAGAUGCCUUGACUUUUCCACUAACUUUUCUAUACAAUCGAUCUCUCAAAAUGGGCAUAUUCCCCGAUGAAUGGAAACUAGCUAGAGUAGUACCUAUAUUUAAGAAUGGAGCAAAAGACUUAGUAGUUAACUACCGUCCAAUAUCUAUCUUGUCAGCAGUAUCGAAAGUAUUUGAGUCAUUAGUUCACUCUGCAAUUUAUCGGCAUACUCAAAAAUACAUUAUCGAAAAUCAGCAUGGUUUUAUGUCAAGAAGGUCAACCAACACUAACCUUAUUCUCUUCACCUCUGAUAUAAAAGAAAAAGUAGAUCAAGGCUUACAAGUUGACGCCAUCUAUACAGAUUUUUCAAAAGCCUUUGAUAAAGUGAACCACAGCAUCUUGCUUCAUAAUUACAUUUAUUUGGGGUUACAGAUAACCUACUGGAAUGGUGUAAAUCUUACUUUUUAA